CCCCGACCGGAACUUCGGUGGCUGCGGCCUGCCCUACGCCCAGGGCACGUCUAGGGCGACAGCAUUAGCGUCUCCAUCGGGCGACAGCCGGGUGGGUGGCUCGGGGGCUGACUGGGGCCUGGACCCAGCGAGACGCCGCCGUGGUGCGGAUGUUGCGGUGGCUGAUCGGCGGAGGCCGCGAGCCUCAGGGACUGGCCGAGAAAUCUGCUUUACAGAGCAUAGGUGAGGAUCAAACGCAGAACCCCUAUACUGAACUGCUGGUACUGAAAGCUCAUCAUGACAUUGUACGAUUCCUGGUGCAGCUUGAUGACUUUAGGUUUGCCUCUGCUGGUGAUGAUGGACUUGUAGUAGUGUGGAAUGCCCAGACAGGAGCAAAACUUUUGGAACUUAGUGGACACACUCAAAAGAUAACGGCCAUUGUUCCUUUUCCUCCCAUGGAAUCUUCUAAAGAAAACAGUCAACUCAUCCUGACAGCCUCUGCUGAUCGAACAGUCAUUGUUUGGGACUAUGAUACUGGCAGACAAGUCCAGAGGUCAUGCUUCCAGUCUACUGUGAAGUGUUUAACAGUUCUUCAGAGACUAGAUAUUUGGCUCUCUGGUGGUAAUGACUUAGGUGUGUGGAACCGAAAACUAGAUCUGCUAUGUAAGACCAGCCACCUUUCUGAUACAGGGAUCAGUGCUUUGGUUGAAACACCCAGGAACUGUGUGGUGGCAGCAGUUGGCAAAGAACUGAUAAUUUUCAGGGUAGUAGCACCCACAGAAACAUUGCCACGGUGGGAUAUUGUUGAAGUUAAGCGCCUUCUUGAUCACCAAGAUAAUAUUCUGUCAUUGAUUAAUGUCAAUGAUUUGAAUUUUGUCACUGGCUCCCAUGUGGGAGAGCUGAUCAUUUGGGAUAUCCUGGACUGGAGUGUACAGGCCUACGAACUCAACUUCUGGAACCCAUCUGCUCAGCUGGAUGCACAGCAAGAAAUAAAACUCUGCCAAAAACUAAAUGACAUUUCUAUUAAUCACUUCACAUGUGAUGAGGAGAAUAUAUUUGCUGCAGUUGGAAGGGGUUUAUACGUGUAUAACCUUCAAAUGAAGCGUGUGAUUGCCUGCCAGAAAAUGGCACAUGAUUCCAAUGUCCUGCACAUUGCCAAGCUUCCAAACAGGCAGUUAAUCUCCUGCUCAGAAGAUGGCAGUGUACGCAUAUGGGAGUUACGAGAAAAACGGCAGCUCCCAGCAGAACCUGUACCAACAGGCUUUUUUAAUAUGUGGGGAUUUGGAAGAGUAAAUAAACAAGCCAGCCAACCUAUGAAAAAGCAACAAGAAGAUACUACUCCGUGUUUCCUAGAGCCCGUUGGAGACUUGAUUGGACACUCAUCCUCGGUGGAGAUGUUUCUAUACUUUGAGGAUCAUGGACUGGUGACUUGCUCUGCUGAUCAUCUCAUUAUUUUGUGGAAAAAUGGAGAACAAGAAUCUGGAUUACGCAGUUUAAAAUUAUUUCAGAAGUUAGAAGAGAAUGGUGACUUGUACCGUGCUGUUUAGUUCAAGGAAUUCACAUCCAAUGUAGAGUAACACUCUGAAAACCAUUAACAUAUUGAUUACCUAGAUUUGUAAAUGGUUUAUUGCUCAUGAAGUUCUGUACGUUUGGCUUCUUUUGUGUUUGUGCACAUGCACACCAACAAGUACAUCCAUCAGUGAACACACUACAAGAUGUUCUCUGUGCCACUGUGUUCUAAGAGGUCAAUGGUAAAGUGUGACAUGCUUUAAAAGAAUAUUUAGCUUUGAGUUUCUUUAGAGACUGACGCAGAAUUCUCAUGAUAAAUAUAUUUUUUUCUACACAUUUUCCUAGUCUUUAGUAGCUAUCACUGUUCAAUAGACUUAAAUUGAAUACUAGCCAAAAAAAAAAAAAAAAAAAAAGAACAGUAUUUGUAAACUA